ACUAGCGAUCCUGAGUACGUUCAUUUAACUACAAUCAAGGGCUAAGCCAGCUACCUAGAAGGUGGAAGCAUUGACCACCACAGACAAGCCUGUUCCCUACAGAGUCAUGAUGACGCAAACAUCUCCUUGCUUGAGCAAGGUGUUCCGGUUGGGGUGGUCUGGUUCUGGAAUGCUAUGUGCUUCACUACAUAUCAUUAUAAUUGCCACGACCGCCAUGAUCAUGUCGGUGAGUGCAACCCCACCGGCAGACCCUAUCACAUGCACCUCAAACGGCUGCACCACAACCAAUUCCUACGGGGCCUUCCCGGACCGAAGCACUUGCAAAGUAGGGGCCGCGGCGUACCCGACGUCGGAAGAAGAGCUCGUGUGGGUAGUGGGGAACGCGACGAGGUCCAAGAGGAAGAUGAAAGUGGUGACCCGUUUCUCUCACAGCAUCCCAAAGCUGGUGUGUCCGGGCGGGGAGGAGGGGCUGCUGGUGAGCACCAAGUACAUGACGAGGAUUGUGAGGGUGGACCAAGAAGGUAUGAGGAUGAGCGUGGAGGGAGGGGUGACGCUGAGGCAGUUGAUCGAGGAGGCAGCCAAGGCGGGGAUGGCGCUACCUUACGCGCCCUACUGGUGGGGUUUAACUGUCGGAGGAAUGCUGGGGACGGGCGCGCAUGGCAGCUCCCUAUGGGGGAAGGGGAGCGCAGUGCACGAUUACGUGGAGGCGAUGCGGAUAGUGAUCCCGGGAGGGCCUGAAGAUGGUUACGCCAGGAUCAGGACGCUGGAUGUGAACGCGAAUAGCAGCCAUGCAGAGAUGGACGCGGUCAAAGUGUCGCUUGGGGUUCUAGGAGUCAUCUCUCAGGUAACACUAAAGUUGCAACCGCUAUUCAAACGAUCCUUAACGUACUCCAUCAUGGGUGAUUCGAACUUGGGAGAACAAGCGUCCAGUUUUGGUAACCAACAUGAGUUUGCAGACAUUAUGUGGUAUCCGAGCCAACAGAAAGCAGUCUAUCGCAUCGAUGAUCGAGUCAAUCUCAACGCGUCUGGUAACGGGCUGUACGAUUUCACCCCGUUCCGCUCCACACUUUCUCUCAUUUUGGCACUACUCAGAUCCACCGAGGAACUGCAAGAAUCCUUGAACGAUGCAGACGGGAAAUGCAACGGUGCAAAGCUAAUUUCUUCUACCCUCGAGUCCUUUGCUUAUGGGUUGACAAACAACGGUAUCAUCUUCACCGGGUAUCCAGUGAUUGGGUAUCACAAUAGGCUACAAUCGUCAGGCACAUGCCUAGACAGUCUCCAAGACGAUCUGAUUACUGCAUGUCCAUGGGAUCCGCGUGUCAAGGGUGAGUUCUUUCACCAAACCACAUUUAGUGUCGGACUCUCCAUGGUAAAGAGCUUCAUCGAAGACAUCCAGCAACUCAUUGCAUUAGAGCCUAAAGCAUUGUGCGGAGUGGAGCUCUACAACGGCAUCCUCAUGCGUUAUGUCAAGGCCUCCAGUGCUUACUUGGGCAAGCAGGAGGAUGCAGUAGACUUCGACAUCACUUACUACAGGAGCAAGGAUCCGCUGAGCCCGAGGCUAUACGAAGACGUUCUCGAAGAAAUAGAACAGAUGGCGCUUUUCAAGUACGACGCACUCCCUCACUGGGGGAAGAACAGGAAUUUGGCAUUCGACGGAGUGAUCAAAAGAUACAAAAAUGCCCAAGAAUUUUUUAAAGUGAAGGAGAUGUAUGAUCCAUUGGGGUUGUUUUCUAGCGAAUGGACGGACCAAGUUCUUGGACUCAAGGAGGGAGCGAGCAUGGUCAGGGACGGAUGCGCACUGGAGGGGCUGUGCAUUUGUUCGCAAGAUGCACACUGUGCACCCAACAAGGGCUACUUUUGCAGACCAGGAAAAGUGUACAAAGAGGCCAGAGUUUGUACUCGAAUUAGUUCCAAAACAUAGUAAAGACUUGGUUUCAUCAAUCUAGGGUUUCAAAGUGGAAACCAAGGUGCUCAACUCCAUCUGUUCGCAUUAACUGUGCAAUGUGUGGGUCCCUACGCAGAUCAUGAUGGCAUUUGGAUGGAGAAUGUGAUCAAGAAA